AUGCCUAUAUUAUCCACAUGGCAUCUUGUCCCUCGCGGCGACCAUGCGUCAUCACCAGAAAGUGACGAUUCCUCGACAUCAGGCACAACCGGGAACAUCGUCCCCUCAAAUGCGUUCGCAGAUGAUCUGUUUCGCGAGAAGUUUAUGGGCAUCGCCAAAGGAGGUUCCAAUGGGGAGAAAAUCAUGCGCGGCUUUCUGAUUGGUCUGGCCAUCGGCUUGGUGGUCGCAUGCUUCGUUUGCUGCUGGUACCCAUGCUGCCGACCACGACUACAAAAUCGGCGAAGGCAAAGACAACGGGCGCGCAGAGGACCUCCUGCAAUAGACGAAGAACAAAAUGCUACAAACCGCGCGCCUCCCGCGUAA